AAGCUCCAUUUACUUCCGGGGGAAAGGCCUCAGUGAUGGUUUCGUUGUCAUGUGUGCUAACUGCUAAAACUGAUUUAGUUCUGUCCAGUAGUUAAAGUGUCAAAGGAUUAUAGCUGGUGUAAGCGAAACAGAGUUUUCCCUCAUGUCGGACACGGGCAGCGACAUGGAGUGGGUUGGGACAACCGAGGAAGUUGUUGAAGUACAAGAGUGCCUUUCUAUUAAUGUCCCACCAGCAGUGGUACCAACUGUAGAGCCAUCACAAUCAUCAAUACAACAGUUGCUGAACACCGUGGUACAAGAAGAAACCCCAGAGGCUCAGGAUGGCUUUAGUUGUGAAGAGUGUCUGGCUCUUUUCCAGGACCAGAGUGACCCAGAUUAUAUUAAUGGCCCAUCUUUUAUUCUUGACUAUCCAACAAGCAUGGGUGUCCCGCAGAGGGCCCUCCUCACUUUGCCCUAUGGCCUGAUGAUAGGCAGAUCUAGUAUCCCCGUUGCAGGAGUUGGGGUCAUAAAUCACGGGCCGGUGGUGUCUCCUGGAAUGCAUUUUGGACCGUAUGAAGGGGUGUUGACUACAAAUGAAGAUGCCAUGGCGAGUGACUUUUCCUGGGAGAUUUGCAAAGGAAAAGACCAGUACGAAUACAUAGAUGGCGCCAAAGAUUCAUAUUCAAACUGGAUGAGGUAUGUGAACUUUGCUCGUAACAAAGAAGAGACCAACUUGUUGGCUGUUCAGUACAAAGGUAGCAUCCUUUUUCACUGCUGUCGCACCAUACAUACCGGAGAUGAGCUCAUGGUGUGGCCAAGCAGGAAGCUGCUCACGCAGUCCAGCGAACCAUGGAACCAGAAGUGGUUUUUACAGUUGAAUACAGCAGCAGCAGAGAGCAGCGUGUCUGCAGCAUCUCCACUUUUUGUGUGCUCCCAGUGUCAGCUCUCCUUCACUACAGAGGCCUUCCUCCAGCGACACACAGAAUAUUUCCACACACAGCCUAAAGCCACUGAAGAUGUCGAUAAUGGAGAUCAAGCUUCGGACCUUGAUUCAGGUCCCUCUGCAGCAUCUGUGGCCGUAGUAGUUGUUGAUUCCACCAAGUCCAAAACAUGUGAUGAUUGCGGGAAGGUUUUCAAGCAAAUACCUCACCUCAGGAGGCACAAGCUGUCUGUCCACUCAAACAAACGGCCUUACUGCUGUCCACACUGCCGGCGAAGUUUUACCCAGGCUUCUGGCUUAAUCAGACACCAAUAUGUUCACAGAAAGCAGGCUGUGAUGAAAGCUCCGAAUCAGAACGAAGUCCCUGGUGAAACGGAGAACUCAGCACCAAGGGAAGAAAUUUUAACCACUGAAGAACCAGCCGAAUCUGAGAGAACAGAGGUAAUAAAUGUCACCGACGAUCUUAAAGAGGGUACGGAUGCAACGGACACUGUAACUACUUCUGCUGGUGAGGCAGAAACGCAUGCAUUGAAUUGCUCAGACUGCAGUAAGAGCUUUGAAAAUGAACCCGCUUUCAAAAAGCACAAAGCAUCCGUUCAUGAGAAGUUGCGUCCCUAUGUUUGUGCAGUGUGUCAGAAAUGCUUUGGCCAGUAUCACGACUUGAACCGACAUCUGAAGAACCACAAAAGACAGAAUGAAAGGGGGGAGAGACGAAGUAAGGAUCCUGAGGACCCUUCUGUAAUGCCCUUUAGCUGUGCUCAUUGUUCAGUGACGUUUUCCACAGUGGAUGAUCUGCAGCAGCACAUAAAUGAGCUUCACUCCGAUGACACCCCUGAAGAAAAUCAAGUUGUCAGUGUUGCCAGCACUGAAUCAGUCCAACAUCCCUCUCGCAGGCCUCAGCGCCUCAGAGCAAGGUCUAAAAUUUCUGCUAUAACCAAGCUCAUAGCACCUAAACGUAAGCAAGCCUGUCCUGCUCAGACUGAGAUGAGCUCCACUGAGCCUGAGGCCUCUACUGUCAGGAAUACAAAGCUUAUGAAAUACAAAUGGUUUAGCUGCAAUUGCUGUAAGCAAACGUAUGGAAACCCAGAAGAUCUCAAAGCACACAAGUGCACUGUACAACAGCACAAGUGUGAGCAGUGUGGGAAAGCCUUUAGUAAGCAAACCUCCUUGAAAAGACACGAGCAGAUGGAACAUGCAAAGGCAAAAUCUUACACCUGCGACCUCUGUGGUAAAGACUUCUCUUCGUCCAGCAAGCUCAAACAGCAUCAGAAAAGCAACUCUUGCAUGAAGUAUCACUGCACAUCUGAACUUUUCCCAUGCCCCUUCUGUCAGUUCUCCUUCACUAUGAAAAGCUAUCUCAUUAAACACAUCAAGAGGCACCACCCUGUCGAGUUUCUCUCGUACUCCGAUCAAGACGGCCUUACGGAUCAGCCGGACGGGAAAGAGGGGGAAUACAUAUGUCCACACUGUGGAAUAAACUGUGCAAACGCCAAAGCUUUUAAAUCUCACACUUGCUUCAGGCAGUUGAAGGUUUUGUAUUUGUGCACCGAUUGCGGAAAAGGCUUCACAAACCACUACGGUCUGAAGCAGCACCAGCGCAUUCACACAGGCGAAAAGCCGUACAGCUGCCCCCACUGCAGCAAGAGCUUCUCAUACUGCGGACAGCUCAACGUCCACCUCAGGACUCACACCGGGGAGAAACCCUACCUGUGCACCCACUGCGGGGAGAGCUUUCGACAGUCGGGAGACCUGAAGAGACACGAAAGGAAGCACACCGGCGUGAGGCCGCACAACUGCUCUGAAUGCAACAAAAGCUUCAGCCGCCCGCAGAGUCUCAAAGCUCACCAGAUGCUUCACUUGGGACAGAGGAUGUUCAAAUGCACGCAGUGUGGGAAGAGUUUUUCCAGAAACUAUCAUCUCAGGAGACACCAUCAGAAGAUGCACACAUAGUUCGACCACUUUUUAAGGACUGUAAAAGAGCUUUCAGUUGUUGCAAAUUGCACUGAUUUGGUCAUUUUGAAUGGUUUAUAUGUACAGUUAAACAUACUGUGGUUUUGUCCUAAAAUAUGUAAUCUCAAUACACUAUCCGUGUAAAUGUAAUGCAUUCAGUUGGUAUUUUGCAAUUAACAAAGACGAGAUGUAAGCUCAGUUUUCUUUUCAGUGUUGUGAAAUAAACAAACUGACCAUCA